CAUCACUCCAUCAGCAAUGGCGACAACCAUCACCAGGCUCUUGCACCACCUAGCGCUGUUCCUCCUCAUUGUCGAGUUCGCCGACGCAGUUCUCAUCCCAAAGACCAAGAACCACGCUGCGUUGAAGCCUCAGGCAUCGAGCACCACCUACAUCGUUCAUGCCAACGACCUCGCCAAGCCGCCCCACUUUCGCUCCCUGGAGGAGUGGUACCGUUCCAUGGUGAUCACCCACGCCUCUUCCACUCGGGCGGCGAGCUCCAGCAGCAUCCUGUACACCUACGACACCGUCAUGCACGGGUUCGCGGUCCAGCUCACUGGCGACGAGGCCCGGCUCAUGUCCAGCGCGCCCGGCGUCAUCGGCGUGUACGAGGACAGGGUGCUCUACCCUCAAACCACGAGGUCGCCGGGGUUCAUGGGUCUCGAACCCGGCAACGGCGCCUGGAAGCAGGCCGACUUCGGUGACGGCGUCAUCAUCGGCUUCGUCGACACCGGCAUAUGGCCCGAGAGCGCGAGCUUCGACGACAGCGGGCUCGGCCCCGUCCGGUCGAGCUGGCGGGGCAAGUGCGUCGACGCCCACGACUUCAACGCUAGCUUGUGCAACAACAAGCUGGUCGGAGCCAAGGCCUUCAUCACUCCUGCUGCGGACGCCGUGGAAGAGAGGAAGAGCCGUGGCGUCUCCUCCCCGAGGGACAAGGAAGGACACGGCACGCACGUGGCCUCGACGGCCGCCGGUGCUGAGGUCCGGAACGCCAGCCUCUACAUGUUCUCCCGGGGGACCGCGCGGGGAAUGGCACCCAAGGCGAGGAUCGCCAUGUACAAGGCAUGCGGCGUGGGAGGCUACUGCAGGAAUGCGGACAUCGUAGCGGCGGUGGACGCUGCGGUGAAGGACGGCGUUGACAUCAUUUCCAUGUCCGUCGGAGGAGCUCGUCCCACAGCCUUCCACGACGACGUCGUCGCGAUCGCCCUCUUCGGUGCGGAGCGCAAAGGCGUCUUCGUCGUCCUCUCUGCUGGCAACAACGGCCCGCAGGCAACUACGGUGAUCAACUCGGCGCCGUGGAUGACCACCGUAGGCGCCGCCACCGUGGACCGGCAGUACCCGGCGCAGCUCACGCUCGGGAACGGCGUCGUGCUCGCCGGUCAGUCCCUUUAUACCAUGCAUGCCAAGGGCACACACAUGAUCCAGUUAGUGUCCACGGACGUCUUCAAUAGGUGGCACAGCUGGACGCCCGACACGGUCAUGGGAAAAAUCAUGGUGUGCAUGCACGAAGCAAGCGACGUGGAUGGCAUCAUCUUGCAGAAUGCUGGUGGAGCAGGGAUAGUUGAUGUGGAUCCUCAGGAGUGGUCUCGAGAUGGUUCCGUGGCAUAUGCCUUCACUCUUCCGGGUCUCACGCUUAGCUACACCGCUGGCGAGAAGCUCAGGGCGUACAUGGCAUCGGUGCCCUAUCCGGUGGCGUCCUUCAGCUUCGCCUGUGAGACGGUCAUUGGCCGCAACAACCGGGCGCCGGUGGUGGCGGGAUUCUCGUCGCGGGGCCCCAACCUUGUCGCACUAGAGCUCCUCAAGCCCGACGUCGUCGCGCCGGGAGUGAACAUUCUUGCGGCCUGGUCGGGCGACGCAUCUGUCUCGGGAUAUUCCGACGACGGCAGGAGAGCCGACUACAACAUCAUCUCCGGAACGUCCAUGUCGUGCCCCCACGUCGCUGGCAUCGCGGCGCUGAUCAAGAAGAAGCACCCAAGCUGGACGCCUGCCAUGGUACGGUCGGCGCUGAUGACGACGGCCCGUACGGUCGACAACCGAGGCGGAUAUAUCCUCGACAACGGUCAUAGCGUCAUCGUGGGCCGCAGAAUCGACAACUUCAGGGUCGCGACGCCGCUGGUGGCCGGGGCCGGGCACGUCCAGCCGGACCUCGCGCUGGACCCGGGCCUCGUCUACGACGCCGGCGAGCACGACUACGUCCACUUCCUGUGCGCCCUGAACUACACCGCUGAGCAGAUGCGGCGGUUCGUUCCGGACUUCGUCAACUGCACAGGAACGCUCGCCGGCGGCCCCGCCAGCCUCAACUACCCGUCGUUCGUCGUGGCCUUCGAGAACUGCACCGACGUACGCACGCUGACGCGGACGCUGACCAAAGUGUCCGAGGAGGCGGAGACGUACAGUGUCACCGUCGUGGCGCCGGAGCACGUGAAGGUGACCGUCACGCCGACGACCUUGGAGUUCAAGGAGCAGAUGGAGACGAGGAGCUACUCGGUGGAGUUCAGAAAUGAAGCCGGAGGGAACCCGGAGGCAGGCGGGUGGGACUUCGGGCAGAUCAGCUGGGAGAACGGGAAGCAUAAAGUCAGGAGCCCGGUGGCGUUCCACUGGAAGAACUGACGACUUAUUACUUAAGUAUUGCACAGAAAUAAGCUAUAUCUUGAGCUAUCAUGGUUAAAGGACUUAUUUCAGAUG